AUGCAGGGUCUUCGACUGCGGUUGAUCGACGGCACUGCUGGUUCAACGGUUGGGACGUAUAUCGAUACUGAGAUGGCUUUUGGCCGGAUUACAUACUCGAGUUCGACCGACAACAUCUCGACAUUGAAGAGCCAAGUUGAAGCCUGCAAACUCGGUAUCGAUGAGAACCAACACUCACUCCUGGCGGUUCCUAGUCCAAAGACUAUGACGGAGACGUAUGCACUCUCGUGGCUUCUGACCAACAAUGUCUCUCAGUAUCCGGGAGUCUUGGGACUGGUUGUUGAAAGAACUGCACUGACGCAGGCUUCGCUAUUCUUUGGCUCUCCCAGAAUGAUACUUGAGGGCAAAAUCGACACCAGAAAUAAGACAACAGUCUCGACGUCGACUAUGACACAUGACUCGGCCUUGUAUCUCGUCGAGGAGAUUGCCGACACGGAGGGUUAUCAGGCCAUCUUUGACGCACUCGAGCGCCUCCCAAGGACAUGGAGAACAGGUCCCUCGGAUUGUAGAACAGAAAGUACAGGGAACUGGCCAUGCCAGCCUCGAUUUACAACUGGGAAAUGGGCCUCCAUGUCGUGUCUCUAUUGA